UAGGCGAUACAUCUCCUUGGCCAUCAAUGGCGACAGGCGCUGUUGCAGAAGAGAGUGGGGUCGACGGCUACACCAAAGACGGAACCGUCGAUCUAAAAGGCAACCCCGUCCGUCGCUCCCACAGAGGCGGCUGGUCAGCCUGCUUCUUCAUCGUCGUGUACGAAGUGUUCGAGCGGACGGCCUACUACGGCAUAUUCUCCAAUCUUAUUACUUAUUUGACCGAUAAGCUUCACCAAGGCACCGUCGACGCCUCUAACAAUGUCACCAACUGGACUGGAACCGUCUGGAUGACUCCAAUCCUUGGGGCUUACAUUGCCGACGCCCAUCUCGGCCGUUACCGCACCUUCAUCGUCGCCUCCGCCAUCUGCUUUUUGGGAAUGUCUCUUCUAACGCUGGCAGUGUCCAUGCCAAGCCUGAAGCCCCCUCCAUGUUUGGAACCAAAUAUAGAACACUGCAAGCCGGCCUCUAAGCUACACCUCGCUGUGUUCUUCACCGCACUCUACACAUUGGCUCUCGGCACCGGCGGAACCAAACCGAACAUCUCGACGAUCGGAGCCGACCAAUUUGACGACUUCCAUCCAGAAGAGAAGGCCCAGAAGCUGUCCUUCUUCAACUGGUGGAUGUUCAGCAUCUUCUUCGGCACUCUGUUUGCCACCACAACUCUUGUUUACAUACAGGACAAUGUGGGAUGGAGCUUGGGAUAUGGCAUUCCCACGGUCGGCCUUGCAAUAGCCAUUCUCAUAUUUGCUGCUGGCACACCCUUGUACAGGCACAAGCUCCCCACUGGAAGCCCCUUUAGUAGAAUGGCUAAGGUCAUUGUCGCUACUGCUUGGAAUUGGAGGCAGCCUCUUCCAAAUGACCCUAGGCAACUCCAUGAGCUUCAGCUUGAGGAGUACACUAAGAAAGGAGCUUUCAGGAUUGAUUCCACUCCAUCCUUAAGGUUCCUCAACAAGGCUGCCAUAAGAACAGGCUCCAGUACUCAUCCAUGGAAGCUAUGCACAGUGACCCAAGUGGAGGAGACAAAACAGAUGCUGAGAAUGAUCCCAAUUCUGAUAUGCACAUUCAUUCCAAGCACAAUGUUGCCACAAGCACAUACCCUUUUCAUCAAGCAAGGGAGGACUCUCAACCGAAGCUUCGGUAGCAACUUUCAAAUCCCUCCUGCAAGUUUAACUGCUUUUGUUACCAUCUCCAUGCUCGUCAGUGUCAUCAUCUACGACAGGUUGUUCGUCAAGAUAAUGCAGAGACUAACCAACAAUCCAAGAGGAAUCACACUGCUACAAAGAAUGGGAAUUGGAAUGAUUCUCCAUAUCUUAAUAAUGACAAUUGCAUCUUUGGUCGAAAGGCACAGACUUGAUGUGGCUAGACAAAAUGGUUCAAGACAAGAACUCCCCUUAACCAUCUUCACUCUGCUACCUCAGUUCAUGCUUGUGGGAGUAGCAGAUGCAUUUACAGAGGUAGCAAAGAUUGAAUUCUUCUAUGAUCAAGCACCAGAAAGCAUGAAGAGCUUAGGCACUUCCUAUUCAAUGACUUCGCUUGGAAUUGGAAACUUUCUAAGCAGUUUCCUUCUUUCAACAGUUUCUCAUAUUACAGAGAAACAUGGCAAUGGAUGGAUCAUGAACGACCUGAAUGCUUCUCAUCUUGACUAUUACUACGCGUUCUUGGCUGUUCUUAGUGCCAUCAACUUCUUCCUCUUCCUGCUCAUCUCCAAAUUCUAUGUGUAUAAAGCUGAAGUCUCUGAUUCAUUAAAAGUGCUGACACAAAAACUCAAGGAAAAUAAACUGAAGCCAUCCAACCCAGACGAAAAAUGGGCUACCACGAGGGCCACAUCCGAUGAAGGAAGAGCCCAUCUGCCCCCCUUUAGUUUGUUUUAGAUUAUGAAAUUUAAACCAUCUCUUUUGGUAUAUAUCAA